CUCCCCCACAGUGUCCCGGAUGAGGAAGUGAAGCGCUGACAGGGCUGGGUUCCGUCACAGAGUCGAUCCGAACCUCGUCCGUAAACACACAAACACGCGCGCGCAUCGAACCGAACCGAAGUCCACCGCAGGCUCGAGACCCGCAGACACCGCAGACAUGAAUGACCAGCAGUUGGAUUGUGCUCUGGACCUCAUGAGGCGUUUGCCUCCACAACAGAUCGAGAAGAACCUCAGUGACCUCAUCGACCUGGUACCCAGUCUGUGUGAAGAUCUGCUGUCGUCUGUGGAUCAGCCGCUGAAGAUCGCUCGUGAUAAAGUGGUGGGCAAAGAUUAUCUUCUGUGUGAUUACAACCGUGACGGCGACUCCUACAGAUCCCCCUGGAGCAAUAAGUACGAGCCUCCUAUAGAUGAUGGAGCCAUGCCGUCUGCUCGCCUCCGCAAGCUGGAGGUGGAGGCCAACAACGCUUUCGACCAAUACAGAGACCUGUAUUUCGAGGGCGGGGUUUCGUCCGUGUAUCUGUGGGAUCUGGAUCAUGGGUUUGCAGGUGUGAUCCUCAUUAAGAAGGCAGGAGACGGCUCGAAAAAGAUCAAGGGAUGCUGGGACUCCAUCCAUGUGGUGGAGGUGCAGGAGAAAUCCAGCGGCCGUACGGCUCACUACAAACUCACAUCUACUGUCAUGCUGUGGCUGCAAACCACCAAAACCGGCUCAGGAACCAUGAACCUGGGCGGCAGCCUCACCAGACAGAUGGAGAAAGAUGAAACUGUUGGAGAAUCCUCUCCUCACAUUGCUAACAUCGGACGGCUGGUGGAGGAUAUGGAGAAUAAGAUCCGAUCCACCCUGAAUGAGAUUUAUUUCAGCAAGACUAAAGACAUUGUCAACGGUCUGAGAUCUAUUGAGUCUCUUCCUGAUAAUCAAAAGUACCGUCAGUUGCAGCGGGAACUCUCUCAGGUUCUGACUCAGCGUCAGAUCUACAUUGACUAGGGUCAGAGGAGCGUUCAGACGCUGGCGGAUAAGACACAGAAGGAGGCUCUGAAGAACGAUCUGUUGAACGCACUCAGCCAACGCAGCAAACAGCAAAGCUAGAAACCAUUCGUCUCUCUCUUUCUCACUCUCUCUCUCUCUCUCUCUCUCCACCUCACACCCGUCUGCUCAUCACCAGGAGAAAAGACGCUGCUUUUAGUUUUUUGUAUUUUCAGCUCACCUGUCUGUCUCUCUGGCCGUCUGUCUGUUUGCUCUGCGAUCAUGUAGUAUUAAGACAGUGCUGUGCGUGCGUGUCUGUCUGUCUGGCUGUCGGUGACAUCACAGUCCGCUCAUCAGAAGAACACGUUUAUUGCUUUUGUGUACGCUUGAGAAGUGAAUGAGGCGCCCCAGAGAGGCGGGAGAGGGAUUAUAUAAAUAUAUAUAUAUGAAUUAAUAUACACAUGUAUGUAUUAUGGCCAUUAUAUCAUUUAAUAUUCUCGCUGUUAAUAUUCAACAUUCUGCUUGACUUCAGACAAUGUGCGAGUGUGUUUGUGCGAGUGUGUUGUGAUUGUCUGUGUGUUCACGCAAGAACAGCACACAUAUUCCUGCUGUCUCUCUCUCUCUCUCUCUCUCUCUGUUUAUCUAGGAGCAUCAGACAGUUUUGUUUUCUGCAGGGUGGAUUUUCAUCAUUAUUUGUCUAGUUUAUUUUUGUUUUGUUUUUUGUAAAAGCUUGACUGUUUAUGUUGUAUUAGGGGCCUCCAGCAACAAUAAAAACACGAAAACUCUCA